AUGGAAGACCUGUGGAAGCCAUUACUCGACAACACUACACUAGCAGCGGUUCUACAGAGGCUGAACGAUAUCACCCCCUCACAAUGGUGCCAAGCCUACUACCUCUUUACCGCGGGCGCGGUGGUGGCCGUAGCAGCCAUGCCCAAUGAAGUGAGCAGGAGGCUGGUUGAUUAUGGGGCGAGGAAAGUUCAGUCCGAGGUGUCUCGGUCUGGGUCUAGAUCUGAGGGGGAAGAGGAAAACGACACCGGCAGGGGCACGGGAAGUGAAGCCGAAGUCAAAGCCAAAGCCAAUCGUGUGGAGCGCGGCGGCAAGAACUGGUUGCUCUCCUUAACCGACACCCUCACCUCCUACGGCCAAGUUCCGCACUCCUGGUUCAUCACGUUUUACGUGGCAUCUAUGGCAUGCUCGCUGUUAUGGUUUUGGCAGUUUGCCGUUGAUGGGAGGGUGUUGAGGGUGGUUACUUGCAGUCAAGCCUCUCCUACGGCGAAGGGGGAAGACGAAAGAGGAGGAGUGUCGGCGUCUUCAGUUACUCUCGGUCAAGUCGGCCUGGCCUGGACGAUGAUGUUUCUCCAGGGAAGCAGACGGCUGUACGAAGACUCGUUGGUGCACGGAAAGUCCAAAUCUACCAUGUGGAUCGUGCAUUGGGUUUUGGGGCUCAGUUAUUAUCUGUUUACCAGCGUGGCUGUUUGGGUUGAGGGAUCUGGAGCAAUCGACUAUACCAUGCCGUCUUUCAAGGCGUUGGUUGGAACCUUCAUGUUCCUCUACGCUUCAGUCAACCAGUACAGAUGUCACAGGCACCUCGCCGGGUUGAAGAAGUAUUCCCUUCCUGAUCUGGGCCUGUUCCGCUACCUGAUCUGUCCUCACUACUUCUGCGAAUGUCUGGUCUACCUUUCACUCGCGGUCGUUGCCGCUCCCCAGGGAGAGCUGCUUAACAAGACGCUCUUGUGCGCUUUGGUGUUUGUCGUGGUCAACCUCGGGGUGACGGCAGCGGGUACGCGGAAGUGGACCCAGCUUGCUCCCCAGCUUGGAGACUUUCAGAACAUCGCGAUACGUGAGGCUGACCCGGACUCCCCUCUGGUUUUCCCCGUUUUGGUACAGCGACGGCUCGCGGAGAAGACUCCAGUUUGCAAUGGUCCGCUCCGACAUGUUCACGUCGGCCGAAAGAGGGUCAAUGCCAUGAAGAAUCCUCCACACGGGCUCCGAAUCGAGGGCCCCGUCUUCUUUGGCCCUGUAGAGGUUGAGGCACAGACUCGAUCCAAGGCUCACUGUGCAAACCACGGGGUGGUAUGCCGCUCCGUCCUUGUGCGGCAUAAUGCCCGUGUUGGGAGGGUAUUCGUUAAUAAGGACGUGGUUAGGCCGGCCGUGGGGGCUAUCCGCGAAGAUGUGCUGCUGCUGCUGUUUCUCUUUCUCAUCGCCACUGCUAUCGGAUGA